GGGUUGACCCGAAUAUAACUAUGUCAGUCUCAAGUCCAUCGAAUGAUUUCACUGGCUAAAGGUUGGGUGUAUUAGAUUAGAUAACAUGAGUUGGGUGUAUAUUAAUUAAUAUGUGAUGAAUUUAUGGAGUUAUUCUUAUAUACUAAAGAAAUACAAAAUAACUAGGAUUUUCUCUUGACCAACGCAUGGUGUCGCUUGAUCUGUGUUGAAUUUAUGGUUGUUAUUUUAAUUUACCGAAGGAAUAAAACUAUAUAGGGUUGUCUCACAAGAUGGAAUCUAAAUUUACCUGUUCAAUUUGUUUAAAUAACUUUACCAAACCCAAGCUACUGCCAUGUUGUCACCACACUUUCUGCCAACAAUGUAUAGAUGACUACAUCAAGGCUCACGCUCGCUUGAACAAGUUUAAAUGUCCUAUCUGCAGACAAGAAACAGCAGUACCAUCAGGCGGUGCCAGUCAGUUUGUCACCAACUUUUAUCUAGAAGACGACGAUGAUGAUAAACAGUAUUGUAUAAAACACAAGAAGAAAGAAAUAGAAGUUUAUUGUCGAGAUUGUCAUAAACCAUGUUGUUCUGUUUGUGUUAUGGUGGAUCAUACAGGCCACACAUUGGCAGAUUUAGAUGAAGUAGACCAAGAAUUGAGAGAAAUUGUCAUGAAACUGAAAACUGAAUCAGAAAAGAAGAUAAAACAGUUACAAGAACAUUCUGACUUUCUGAAGACCAAAAUAGCUGACACGAACAACUCAUGUAAGACAGCUUGUGAUCAAGUUCAGAAACAAAUAGACAAUAUUUGUGAAAAAGCCAGGAAGAUUGGAGGGACAAUUAAAAAUGACAUCAAUAAAAUUGGUGAAGAUGAAAACAGUAAACUAACCAAACUAGUACAAAAUGUUGACAAGAUGACAUCUAAAAUGAAAGAAUGGUGUAAAUAUGCUGAUCGUAUAUUACAACAUAAAUCUAUAAUUACAACUGUAGAUAAACAUGGAUUAACAGAAAUCCAAACCAAAACAGAUUACAACAUAUCAACAAAUUUACAUAAACCUGUAGUCACACAUCCAUGUUAUUCUAUGGCGGAGGUUGAUGUAGACUGUUUAAAACAACUACUGGGUGAAGUACAAGUACAAACACCAACAAAAUUUACCAGUAGUUUUAGUUUGAACCAGGUGUACCAUAGUGAUGUUGUAAUAAUACAAGGAUUAUCAUGGUGUGUAAGUGUUAUACGUCUUACACCAAUAUUAUUUGUUAACCUGGUAUUGAAUAAAGUAGAAGAUAACACUAUUAAAGCUGUUACAGCUAGUUAUACACUGAAACUGUUAAAUAUAAAUGAUGAGAGUAAAUCACUAGUUGGACACGAUACACGUACAUUUACACCUGGUUAUUAUAUGGACACUGGUGUAUCUUUCGACUGGGAUAAACUACAAGAUAUAACGUAUGGUUUUAUUGAUGGCAACAAAACAUUUACUGUAGAGGCUACUGUAAAUAUAACUGAUAUAACACGACAGGGGUCAUAAACAGGAUGUUAUAAAGGGUUUUAUUGAUGCCAGCAAGACAUGUACAAAUGUACAGGUUACUGUAAAUAUAACUGAUAUAGAACGAUACUGUUUGAUUAGAAUCCUUAGCUAUGUCUUAUAUAUGUGUUGUAAAUACUGUGUGAUUAAAAACAGUGCUUGUUAUAUGUAUUGGUAAAUACUGUUUGAUGAGAAACACUAUACGCUGUACAAUAAUACCUAUACCCUGUACAAUAAGGCCCGCGCUGUACAAUAAGUGUAGCACUAUCUUAGUGUUAAGUGAUAACAGAGAUCAGUUUUGUACAUAUAGAGUUUAUUUACAUCUGGUAUAUAAAACAGCUACAUAAUUACAACAUGAACUAAACUACAUCAGGAACUAGACUACAACAGGAACACAUAUAACAAUAUUAAAUCACCAUUCCGCCCCUCUGCCAAGGUAGCGGCUGAACUGUCAGCAAACUCCUGAUUAUAUAGCACCAGAGAAUAGAUCGCUAAUAUUUGGGACCUAGAAAUUGACCCAAAUGGGUCGACACGCAUGUAAUAAUGUAAUCUGAUGGUAUAUAAACUGAUUUACAUUCAAUUGUUUCCAUUUUGACUCUAAUUUCAAAUCAGUUAGGUCGAGUGGAAUACGGCAUGAGUCUCAACCGAAUAGAAAUUUCUAGCGUCUGGUUAUUCCAGUCUAUUGCGCAUGAUCUCCAGAUAAGUUAUGGCUUCGCCGUAUGACAAGAGUUGUGGAAUAUGUCUAGCCUCGAUCUUUCUGGCCAAUUGUUAUAAAUGACGAUGAAGCGAACUAUGGUACACGAUUCGUGUACCAAUGGUAAAAUGUUUAUUUUGUCUUUAAUAUUGGAUACCAGUAAUUACCUUCUCCCAGUAAGAUAACAACAUCAAUAUUGAUUUGAUUUGACAAAUAAUUCGUGUUUUCAACGUGUAAGACUUUGGAUGAUAUUGAGUUAGAGACUUAGCUACUUUAAUUAGAUCAUAGCCAGUUCGUGCCUUAACAGAAGUUUAUACAGAGUUGAAAAGUCAAUAUCAUAUAUGAUCAAAAACCAGCUGAGGUCAUAAAGUUCUAAGCAUCUAAAUGAUCGUUCAAUUUGAUGAAAGUUCUAGAAUACUUUGUCACAUUAGACCUACACCCUGUAUAUGUAUAAUAAGACCUGCACCCUUUUAAUAAAACCUACACCCUGUAUAAUAAAACCUACCCUGUAUAAUAAGACCUACCCAGUACAAUAUUUUUUGCCGGACCUUGGUCCUGCACCACAGACUAGGGGGAACCAGAUGAGCUUUCUUUUUUGCCAAUAGGGUCAUUCCAUGUCAAGUGGCCAAAAUUAUCAGAUAGUUGUAAAGUGACCUCCUCAUAAAAUUAUGACAAAAAAUAUACAUUCAAAUUUAUGUAAAACUUCAAAGUUAUAUGACUUUAGCAUUAAUAUUGACUGAGAUAUGACCAUUUGAAUCAGGGUACCCUUUCACAAGUCUUGAAACUACUGUUAUAUGAUUCGAUUUUUGUGAACUGAUUUUAUUCCUGCUAGCCAGUAUAUAUUCUGUGGGGUUUGUAAGAGCAUGAUAUAUAGAUUAAGAAUUUACUAUCAAAUUUUUCAGAACAAAUAUCGUUAACUGUGUAUGAAGUGCCAAAAAUUGAUACUUGUGCAAAAAAUAAAUCAAUAUUUCGAUGUAGUGUAGAAAUUUUACACUAUAUUAGACGUUGUUACUUAU